AUGGCGACCAUCAAGGCCAUCGAGGCCCGUUCGGUUCACCAGAUCCAAUCUGGUCAAGUCAUCGUCGACUUGUGCUCCGUCGUUAAGGAAUUAGUCGAAAACAGUCUCGAUGCCGGUGCAACAUCCAUCGAGGUUCGAUUCAAGAAUAAUGGUCUGGACCUGAUUGAGGUACAAGACAAUGGGGCUGGAAUAUCACCGGAAAACUAUGAGAACGUUGCAUUGAAACAUCACACCUCCAAACUCUCUUCCUUCGAGGACCUCUCCCGCCUACACACCUUCGGCUUUCGAGGCGAAGCACUCUCGUCGCUAUGCGCUCUCUCCGAAUUCCGCAUCGUGACCGCUCAGGCCAACCAAGCCCCCAAAGCGACCAAAUUGGAAUUCGAGAUGUCAGGCAAGUUGUCGAAAACCCAGGUUGUCGCAGGCCAGAAGGGCACCACAGCAUCUGUGGAAGGUCUAUUCAAACGCCUGCCCGUACGACGUCGAGAGCUGGAGAAGAACAUCAAGAGAGAGUAUACGAAGGUGCUGAAUCUACUCCAUGCCUACGCUUGCGUGAGCACCGGGGUCCGCUUCAGCGUCCGCAAUACGAUGGGAAAGAAUCGGAAUGCGGUUGUCUUCUCGACGAAUGACAACCAGACUACGAAGGACAACAUUGCGAAUGUCUACGGCGCGAAGACCCUUCUCGCGCUCAUCCCGUUGGACCUGGUCCUGGAGUUUGAGCCGUCCGCUGCGGCGCGGCGAACAGCUGGGGGCGUGCCAAACAAGAUCCUGGUUAAGGGACAUAUCUCCCGUCCUGUCUUCGGGGAGGGACGGCAGACGCCGGAUCGGCAGAUGUUCUUUGUCAACGCGCGGCCUUGUGGUCUACCGCAGAUUGCCAAGGCGUUCAAUGAGGUAUAUAAAUCGUUCAAUGUCUCGCAGUCGCCGUUUGUCUUUGCCGAUUUCAACAUGGACACGAAUGCAUAUGAUGUGAACGUCUCUCCGGACAAACGAACAAUCCUCCUUCACGAUGCGGGGGCACUGAUCGAUGCUCUCAAGCAAUCCCUCACGGAGUUGUUUGAGACGUCUGAUCAAACCGUUCCUCAGUCGCAGGUGGCCGGUCAGAGGCAACCAGCCCCUAAACAGCAAGUGGGGAUCCUGCAGGUCAGUACCCCUGCCAAGCGGUUGAAUGACGGUGAUGGAACAGCGGGUAAGGAGCCGCAGGGCCAUGAGGAUGAAGAAGAAGAAGAAGAAGAAGAAGAAGUGGAAUCAAGUCAGCCCAAUUCUCAGGCCAAGUUGAAAAGUCUCCUAAGGAAUCUGGGUGCUGGACGGGAACCGGCGAAUUUAACUUCGCCCGUUCCAGCGGACGAGCUAGCGCAACAAAAGACAGCGUCUGUGGCGAGCCCUGCAGGUCGGGGCGAGCCUUCAUCAGAUACAGUGGACAAUGAACUAUUUGUCCCAGAGCAUGGCACGCCAUCCCGUGCAUCCUCAAUUAUCUCUGAGAGAAUAUCGAGAGGAGCGGUCGCCGGGGGAAAUGAGCCGGCGAGGAACACUGCGGUGCCUUCUACGCCACAGGAUAUCCCUGAAUUGCAAGAACGAUCAAGCCCUGUCAUACAGGCUGGUCAGUCAGAGACGCCGAAUGUUAUCCAGAAUGCGUUUGACCGCAUGCGACCCAGACGGAUGCCAGCUGAAGUUGCGACGAUUACUAUCGGCAGUAAGACCGUAACGUCCAUGGUAGGAACUGGCAUACCCAGGAAAAGAAACGGCGGAUCCAUUGACUCUAGUGGAGGGAGUCUGGGUCGAAAGAAAAGGAUACACACUCCGUCACGCCCCAAUAUCUUUGGCAAGCACAUGAGAGCUUUUGCAGCGCCGGGAUCGCAGUUGGAGGAACCCACUAGCAGUGAAGAGGAGAUUGAAGGAGAUGAAGAGGAGGAGGAGGUCGAGGAAGCGGAAGUGGGACUGGGAGAAGAUAUAAUGGACUGCGAUUCUGACGGUUCUCAGUCCUACUGUCCGUCAGAUCACGAGGAUGACCGCUCUCCAGAUGAUAUCAAUCAUGAAAUGGCCCCGGCAGAAGAGCCCAACGAGUCCGAAGGUCUUACCGAAUCUCUGGAUGACGAGGAAAAGAAGAAACACGAAGAAGCCGAAGUGCAACGGCUGAUCCGCGAAGCGGAAGCAAAGGCCAUAGUGCCCCAGGAGAACAGUAUAAACCGCGCAAACAGGCUGAGCAAGGGAGCUGCGCAUCGCGACUCCACGACUCGUCUGGCGAGCACCAUUGACGGGUCGCUCUCCAGAAUCGUGUCACAAAUGACGAGAGUUCAAGAUGGUCUUCGUGCUUACGCCAGGGGUGCUGACUACACUGAAGACGAAAGAGAGGCUACCCCGGCAGGGACAGCUGAAGAGCGGCUGUCGUUGACCGUUACCAAGGAUGACUUCGCCCGAAUGCGCAUCAUCGGGCAAUUCAACCUCGGGUUCAUCCUAGCCACUCGGUCCCCGGAAGGUAGCUCAUCCGAAACCAAGGAUGAACUGUUUAUCAUCGACCAGCAUGCUUCAGAUGAGAAGUUCAACUUUGAGAGGCUUCAAGCCGAGACUGUGGUGCAGAACCAACGUCUUGUGCAGUCCAAACGACUUGAUCUCACCGCUGUCGAAGAGGAGAUUGUGAUCGAGAAUCAGUUCGCGCUAGAGAAGAACGGAUUUGUGGUCGAAGUCGACGACAGCGGCGACGAACCCAUCGGUCAGCGUUGUAAACUUGUCUCCCUGCCCCUGAGCAAGGAGGUGGUGUUUGGCAUGCGGGAUCUCGAAGAGCUGAUUGUCUUGCUGUCUGAAAUGCCCGCAACCACCAGCGCCAGGUCCGCUGCUCCCAGCAACAUCCCGCGACCGAGCAAGGUGCGCAAGAUGUUCGCCAUGCGAGCGUGCCGAUCAAGCAUCAUGAUCGGUAAGAAUCUGACCCAGAAACAAAUGGUCCGCGUGGUGCGGAAUAUGGGCACAAUCGACAAGCCAUGGAACUGUCCCCAUGGACGACCGACUAUGAGGCAUCUGAUGACGCUCGGCCAAUGGAGUGAAUGGGAUGAGUUUGGUCCUGGCGACGAGGACGGGGGUGAAUGUGCUGGUCGAACCGAAGCUAAUCGCCUGGAUGUCUGGAGGAAUUACUUCCAAGAGAUGGACGAGAUGAGCGCCGAGGAGGAGGAGGAGGGGGAGGGAGACGAUUCGGAGGCUUAA